GCUAUAUUAGCCCUGAGCGGGGGCGCCCUCGGCCACCGCAGCGGACAGCGCCCCGAGAAGCCUCGCUUCCCUCCGUGGCAACCAGGGCCCCAGCCGGAGAGCGACAGGUGUAGCCACCGCCCAGAAACCAAACACCAUGUGCGACGAAGACGAGACCACCGCCCUCGUGUGCGACAACGGCUCCGGCCUGGUGAAAGCUGGCUUCGCCGGCGACGACGCCCCCAGGGCCGUGUUCCCCUCCAUCGUGGGCCGCCCGCGCCACCAGGGCGUCAUGGUGGGCAUGGGGCAGAAGGACUCCUACGUGGGCGACGAGGCGCAGAGCAAGAGGGGUAUCCUGACCCUCAAGUACCCCAUCGAGCACGGCAUCAUCACCAACUGGGACGACAUGGAGAAGAUCUGGCACCACACCUUCUACAACGAGCUGCGCGUGGCCCCCGAGGAGCACCCCACGCUGCUCACCGAGGCGCCCCUGAACCCCAAGGCCAACCGGGAGAAGAUGACCCAGAUCAUGUUUGAGACCUUCAACGUGCCCGCCAUGUACGUGGCUAUCCAGGCCGUGCUGUCCCUCUACGCCUCCGGCCGUACCACCGCUCUUCACCCUGGGGAUGUGGGGCUGUGCACCAGGUGGGUAACCAUGGAAACCACAGCCUAUUGUGAUGGGCCUGUCAGGUUGAGGUCACCAGCUACCUCUUCCCAGGAGCGUGUCAGAGCCACGCGCAGCCUUGUCCAGAGUGUGGAACAUCGGGAGUGA